AUGCCCAUCAUUCCGACGCCGUCCGAGGUCGAAUACAUGCAACUGCAUAUUGAUGAAUCCCUCGUCCCAGCGAUCAAUAUUUCGAAUAUAAUUUGCGCAGCGGUAGCGUUCGUCGCAGUAGCGUUGAGACUUGUGGCUCGCCGUCACGUCGCGGCGGGAUAUGGUGCGGAUGACCUUUGUUGCGGUCUCGCAUUGGUAUUCAACAUUGGUUUCGUUAUUGGAUUGAGUUAUAGCACUCGAUACGGGCAAGGAAGACAUGUACUCCUUGUGCAGAACCCCAGAGCAUUGGCCAUUUUUUCCAUCUUGCUUCUGUAUCGCCGCAUCUUCCCCGUGAGCUGGUUUCGUAAGGCCCUGCUUGGCCUGGCAAUGUUCAUCCUGGCCUGGUAUAUUAUAACCUUCUUCUGUGGUGUGUUUACAUGCAUCCCUAUUCGGGCGCUUUGGGACGUCACGGUGAAAGGACGCUGCAUUCAUUACGGGCAAGUCACGCUGGCAUUCGGAGUUUGCAAUAUCGUCACGGACUUCAUCAUGCUAGGACUUCCGUUGCCGCUGGUGUGGACGCUGCAGAUGCCUCUACGGCAGAAGAUAUUGCUCUCGCUGACCUUCAUGGGUGGUUUUAUUGCCUGUGUUGUUAGUAUCGUGCGCCUGAAGUUUGCGGAAAGGGUAGAGUCCACAUACGACCCAAGCUGGGAUACUGUUUUCGCGGCCAUCGUAUCGAACGUCGAACUCUGCACUGGUUUCAUCGCUGCAUGUAUACCUACCUAUCGGCCACUUGUGGAAAGGAUCUUCCGCCGCACUUCGACUCGUCAAACUGCAAGCACUGAGAGCCGCUCCCAAGGGUGGAGUAAAAUGCAAUCCGGAGAUAUCCACCAUGAUACACUAAUGCUAACAUCAAACGUUAGCACGACUGUAAGCUGUGGAAAUAUCGAAGUCAAGGGUUAA